AUGUGUAUUGACUAUCGAGUUGGGAAUAAUUUCAUCCAGCUGUCUAGCUACCCGCUACCUCUUAUUGACGACCUGUUAGUCGGUUUUGAGAAGACACUCUGGUUCAUGAGCCUGGAUAUGGCCAGCGGGUUCUGGGCAAUCAAGAUGACCGAAAGAGCCAAGUUGAUUUCGGCUUUCAUUCGAAUGCCGUUUGGUCUGAAAAACGCACCCCUGAUCUACCAGCAAGUAAUCAACAAUUGCCUGUGGGGAUUCGUGCGACUGCCACCAGAAGAGGAGGCGGAAAUGACAGUGUUCAAAACGAAUAUCCCUGCCCCAACCCAGAUGUCACCUGUCCUAAGGCGCAGCUCUUAUAUCGAUGAUAUCGCACAUGGCGCACCCACUUGGGAUGCACUGUGUGCUGAUUUGGAUGCUUUGCUAUAUAGGCUGCGGUAUUGGAAUAUCUCUCUGCCGAAGAGCGAGUUCGGGAAAUUAUCCAUUCCGUACCUGUCGCACAAAAUUAGCGCUGAAGGAAUCAGAGCAACGCCGAAGAUUGCGAAAGGCGUCCAGGAUUUACCAUUCCCAACUACCCUAAAAGGAGUGCAAUCUUUCUUGGGGAGCCUGAAUUACUAUCAUAAAUUCAUCGAAGACUAUCCCGUCGUUGCCGCCUCCCUGUAUGAGCUCUCAGAUGACCAAGGCGAAGCAGGCAUUCGAAAUUCUGAAACACAAGAUCGUAUCGACUCCGGUAUUGAGACACCGUGA